UUUAGAAUAAAUAAAAUAAACUAUAAGCUGGAUUAACUCGAAAUAUAGGAGAAAUCGUAUCGAUUUAUUACUUAAUUCGCAGUGAAUUCGUAUAGAAGUCGCAUUAAAUUCGUGGAGAAGUCGCAUUGAAUUCGUUUAGAAAUCGUUAUGAACUCCUACAUAUUCAUCGAAUUCAAGACGAAAUCGCGAAGACUUACCGGCGAAAUCGAUAUACGAUUCUCCAUCGAUUCUCUGUCGAAUCGGCGGACAUUUCCCUUCGAUAUCUCCUCGAAUUUAUCUCGAAAGUUGGAAAUUCGAGGCGAAUUUGAUAUCGAUAUCAAAGCGAAUGUAAUAUCGAAACAUAAGAGAAUUCAGAGCGAAUUGUUAUCUGGGAGUUUGUUGAAGAGAAUUAUUAAACAUUUCAUCAAAGUCCAAACUUAACAUUAGUGUGACCUACAAAUUCUAAGUAAUUAGUUGCCCACUAAUUAUUCCACCAUGGGUGCCAGCAGCUCAAAAAAUACCUCUUCCCCCACCGACGAGAUCACAAAACCCACCGACUGGGCCACUUUAGACGAACAUUGUUGGAAUUUCGCACAAUUCGAUCUCCUCGAGACGGACGGUGGUUGGUCUGGAAAUCACUGGCUCAUGUACCUCGGCGAAGGAUGGGUCGUCCAUGUCACCUUCUGCGCAAACUACAUGUCCGGAAUUGUACGAAUUCAGCGGGUGAACAACGCUAUAAAGAGGGAGACUAAAAUCCGUGUCAACAAUCACCAAAAAGAGGCGAACACCAAUGGUUACAAAAUGCGUCCUGAAGCCGAAAUUUGGCACGUGAUUCGGCAAGAAUUCCAAAAUCGGGACCCAACUUUGUGGAAAAUCCGGGAAAUGCAAAGAUUUGUCAGGUUCGACUUGAAAAAUGCGAAUUGCGAGCAUUACGCGACAAAGUGGAGGUACGGGACAGGAUUUAGCCUGCAGACAGAGGACUGGGAUCACACGCUUGGAGGGAGGAUUAAGAGCGGACUUGCCGAUUUCGUGUAUGACCACAAAUUCAUUGCAAAGUUGGUUUAUAAAGAAAUUAGUAGUUCGUCCAUGUAA